UGGCAUUCUUAUUACUCACUCCCUGCCUGCUCACUCCUCGAUUCAAGUUCAAUCACUCGGAGAAAAUAAAACAAUUUUAAUUUAUACGUUAAAUUUAAUAAACACUAUUAAUUUGUAGCUGAGUGUCCAGUACUGAGUCGAGUAAUUGGAUAGAAUCUUGAAUCAAAUCGAGUAUUUAAUUAUUUAUUGUUGAUCUCAAAAGUUUCUACUUGAAACUCCAAAUUAUUCAGUUAUUUAAAUGACGGCAGCCCCAGUUAAAGUGGAGCCCAAGAUGGAAGUCGAUUUGAAACCAAACAGUACUCCGAGUACGGGUGGUGGGGGUGGUGGUGGUGGACCUCAGAUGAAUCGCGGUGGGGGUGGUGGAAGAGGGAGACGACAACGGGGAGGAGGAGCUGGGCCAGGUCGAGGUUUCUUCGGUGGUGGUCGCGGCGGCGGCGGCGGCGGCGGCGGCGGCGGCGGCGGAGGUGGGGGUGGGGGAAAUAAUCAAGAUCGAGUUGAACGACGACCAUUUCAUCAUAACAAUGAUGGAGGUUAUGACGGACCUAUGAAUAAGAAGCCACGAAUGGGAGGACCGAUGAAUCCUGAACACAGAGUUAUGGACAAACUUCGUGGCGUUGCUGGACCCACUGCUGAUCUUCCCCCUAAAAAGUUUGAAAGUAAAAAGUUUGCAGCCAACACCAGGUUGUAUAUUGGAAAUAUUUCAAAUGAAGUGACAGAAAGUGACAUUAAGGAGUUGUUCAUCCCCUUUGGCGAAAUUGAUGAAGUGUUUUUAAAUCGAGAAAAGAACUUUGCUUUUCUCAAACUUGAUUUUCGAACCAAUGCUGAAAGGGCACGAGCGGAAUUAGAUCAAAAGCAACUGAAAAACCGACCCAUCAAAGUGAGAUUUGCGCCAGCCACUGUUCGAGUCAAGGUCAAAAAUUUGUCUCCCAUGGUCAGCAACGAAUUGCUUGAAUUGGCAUUCAGCGUUUUUGGAGAUAUUGAACGAGCCCUCGUAUUUGUUGACGAGAAGGGAAAAUCCAUUGGUGAAGGAUUUGUUGAAUUCACCCGGAAAAACAAUGCCUUGGCUGCCCACAAGUUCUGCAAUGACAAAUGUUACUUUAUCACGUCAGAACUGCGACCCGUUAUUACGGACAUGGCCGACAUGUACGAGUUCGAUGAAGGACUUUUGGAAGGGAAUCUGAACAAACGUGAAUAUGGAAAGGAUCGGGAACUCGUUUACUACAAAUCGAGAGAAAUGGGUCCAAGAAUAGCAGAGGAGGGAUCUUUUGAACAGGAAUAUGGAACCAAGUGGAAGGCUCUCGUGCAAGAAUUCCAGGAGAAAGAAAAGGCUUUGAAGGUCGAAAUGGUCGGAGCGAUUGAGAAAUUGCAAACUCAAAUGGAAAUGGCUCGUUACGAUUAUGAGACAGAAAUGUUGAGGCAACAACUUCGUCAACGUGAAAUCGACCAUGAACAGCAGAAGCUACGAUGGGAGUCACGAGGAGGAGGAUUCGGCGGAGGAAAUAAUGGUGGUUUUAACCAAAAUGGAAUGGGUGGUAGUGGCGGUGGGGGUGGACCCAUUACAGACGGCGGAAUGAAUCAGAUGGAUACCGAAAAUGGAGGAGGUUUGAGCUUUAAUCUGUUUGACAGUCAAUCAAACUCUGGAGCAUUGGCACCUCCUCCAAUGCCACCACAAGGAUUAAUGCAACACUUGCAACCUGGAGAGGAAGAGAUGAGCACUGGUGGCCCAACUUGGGAAAUUGGACCGUUUGGUUUUAACCAAAUGUCAGGCAACUUUGGCCAACCAUCAGCAAUUCGUCAAAAUGAUCAACGAGAUGGACGUUUUAUGGGAUCUGGAGGUCCACCUCGUGGAGGCAUGGGUGGCCCCCGUGGUGGUCCUCGCGGUGGCGGUGGAGGCAGAGGAGGUGGUUUUAGAGGGGGACGUGGUGGACGGCGUUAAAAGACUUGCAAUUCUAGAAUUGUAUUGCAUCCAUGUUUUAUUGGAUUUGAAUCUUUUUUAUAAUAUAAAAAUAUAUAAAAUAAUGAGGGUAUCCUCUCGAUAACAGCAUGCAGACCAGUGAAUAAUGUCGUUGUCAAUUAGCUAAUAAUCUUUUGAAUAUUAGGAUUUAUAAAAUAUAAGAUAGUAAUGUUUAUGAACAUUUUUCCCAUUUUCCUAUUUUUGCGUGGCUUGAAGUUGAGAGUCGGUUGAAAUUUUCUGUAAGGUUUUUGAUGAUCGUUAAAUAUUUUUUGUUCAGAAUUAAAUAAUGCAAAAUAUUCAUCCUUAUAGUUUUUACGACAUCUUGGAAUCUUGGAAAGGAAGUUCGUAUAAAUAAUCUAGCAGAUUCUUUUAGACAAGAUAUUCCUUACCGUAUCUCAAACAAUAUUAUUCAUAACGUGAUUAAAUUAGAACAAACUUAGCUACUCGUUCGUCCUUUUUUGAUUCACAAUUUUAAUAGAUAGACCAGAUCCGUAUAUUUGGGCAUUCUAAUGAUUUUUUGUACAAGAUCUGGUAUUAAAACUUGGAAUAUCGUAUUUCAGCCACUUAAUAUAUAACAUUAUGCAUUGAUAUAUUUACCAUUAUAUAUUAAAUAUUUAGAAUCGUAAGUGUAGAACCAUGUUGUAAUUGAUUAAUUUUUAUAAUUAAAACUAGUUUUUUCUGGGUUUCAUCUCUGAUUCUUGUUUGGAAACGUGUGUCCUUAAUUUUGACAAGAUUUAUUGUUACAGCAAACAUAAUACAAAGCUGUUGGAACUGGAGGCAUAUUAAUCUAACUUCCUAAGCAUAACUUAUUCAACUGAUUCUUUAUCUGUUUGGCCAGUUAGUUGGCAUCUUCUAGGAAUUACUUUAAAGUAAUGACAUUUGUAUGAAAAAUCGCAACCAUUAUUCACACUUAAGAUAAGGCUAUAUCUACUAUGGAGAAGUAAUGCUUGUUGGUCUAUCUAAAUAUUGGUUUUAUUAUUGGUACUAGUAUCUAUAAGGAGAGAGUAUCCUUACGUUGUUGAUCUCUGUUUGCUGCGAAUAACUGGUCAUCAGUGUCAAUGGUGCCUUUCUUAAUCUUAAGUUCGUCUCCUUAUUGCCCAUAUUAAACAUAAUUUCUUGUGACAGUGACUAAGUAAAUGGGGCGAGCAUUGUAUUCAAAUGCUAAUUUAUAAUAUUGAUCGAUCUCUUGAUUAGAUUGGAUGGUGUGUGCGUGGUGGUCAUUUAUUCACACAUCCAUGUAAAGGUUCACAUCCAUAAAGGGUUAGUUCGGUGGUAUUGGUAUUCAGCGUUCAGCUUGAGAAUGUAUACGAGUCCAACAACUUUGAUGCUGAUGCUGUUGCGAAUAAGCUUUAGGGGUUGUUAAGUUUUACUUCAGUUUCAGUUGGACUUACGUGGAUGCAUUUUGUCUUCAGUCAGUCACGUUUAUGCUCCCCCAAGUGAAACAUCGGGUGUUCUUGUUUUCAUUCCAAUGUAAAGAUUAUAUUGGGUUGACUUUUUCCAUGACUAUGUGCUGUUAAAGUUCUCGCCUGAAUUGGGUUGAUCCUGUUUGUUGUGUGCUCUACGGGUUUGUAUAAUAAGGAGAGUGAUACAAAAGUGCUUUUGCCUGUUUAUACAGUUUUGCUGGAUGGAAAUAUCAUUUCGGUUAUGGUUCAUUGGACCAUUGAAUACAUGUGACAGCAGUCUCGUCUCGUUGAUUUUUUUUACAAUACGAGAUUAUAACUGCGACGACUGAGUUUGGCAAAAUGAGUGAACAGAACUCUGCUGGAUAAAAGUGCAGUUUCUGCGUUUCCUAUAUUAUAAUUAAUUUUAAUAUCUUGUACCUAAUCUGAAGGAUGAAAAUCUGGCGUUAUGGAUUAUCCGUGCUACUUUUACAUAUCGCUGCUGCGCAUUUUUCCUUCGCGGAUAACUUAGGUCGCAAUGUCCAUGCUACGAAUCUCAACACCCGACAUCAACAUAAGGGAAAUAUGACAUUCCAAGAUGACACGACGUCGCAAUUAACUGACCGUUUUUUUUAACAACACAUCUGUGAUAUUUUGUGAUAUUUAUUUUCUAUACUUAAACUGUUAUAUGAAGAAUACUAGUCGUUUUCUCGGGUAGAUUUUUUUUACCUUUAUACAAUAAACUAAAUAUGCAAAGUUGCAUAUCUACCAAACCCACGAA